UCCUGCGGUCUGGUUUGCUAGAAUUAACUUUGUUCUUCUCCUCGAUUACCGGCUCUGAAUCCCCCCGUUUCCGAGCAGAGCACGUUCUUGUUCUUGUCCUUGGAAGUUAUUUCCAUCCUGUCGUUCUUUCAGUUUGUAGGGGCAUGGAAUGAGAAAGCCGUCAAGCUAGCUCUGGCACAUCUACAUACUGCCAUGGUUAUAGGUAAAGAGGGAAAUGUGAAGUGGGUGGAUGGUCUCCGCGGACUAGCAUCCACGCUCGUAGUCGUGACGCACAUCGCGCGCGCCUUCGACGUAGCUCUCUUCCAACCAACGUCCCGCGAGGGCGCCCCUCCGCGCGUGCUACAGUGGCCGUACGUGCGCGUCCUCGUGCAGGGCCGCAUCGGCGUCAGCAUCUUCUCCUUCGUGACGGGGUACGUGUGCGCGAUCAAGCCCAUCCGGCAGUGCCGGCAGGGCAGCCAGGAGGCGGCCCUCCUGUCCAUCGGCCGGUCGGCGCUGCGCCGCAUGCCGAGGCUCGUCUUGCCCACCGCGCUCGUCACCCUGCUCAUCUGGCUGCUCGCCCAGCUCGGCGCGUUCCGCGUCGCCAAGAGCUGCGAUAGCUUCUGGGCCGGAGCCACUAGCCCCCCCGACCUGCCGCCCACGCUGUGGGGGUCGGUCAAGAGCCUUGUGGCUGGCAUCGUCGAGACGUGGACGAGGGGGAGGAACAGAUAUGAUGGGAACCACUGGAACCUGCUGUCGCUGCUCAAGGGUAGCUUCUGGGUCUACAUCUUCAUGGUCGGGACCGCCUUCGUCCAGCAGAAAUACCGAAUGCUCGCGAGUUUGGGCAUGUACUUCUACUUCUGGAUGGCCGGAGACUCCACAUUCGGCAUGCAAUUCUUCUGGGGCGUCCUCCUCUCCGACCUCCAAUCCAACGACGCCUCAACCGCCUUCCUAACCAACCACCGCCGCCUCUCGCGCCUCCUCUCCGGCACCCUCCUCCUCCUCGGCCUAACCCUCGCCUCCUACCCCGAAUCUCACCCAGACUGGACCCCCUGGUCGCGCCUCCAGCAACGCCUCCUAACCCGCAUCCUCCCCUCCAACCCGGACAUCCCCCGCUUCGCCACCGGCAUCGGCCUCUCGCUGAUAACGCUGGGCCUGCACCUCGCCCCGCGCCUGCGCGACUUCCUCUCCGCGCCGCCGCUGCUGUGGCUCGGCAGGCACUCCUUCGCCGUGUACCUGCUGCACGGGCCGCUGAUGCGGACCGUACUGGUGUGGAUGGUGUACGGCGUCGACGUGCCCGGCUCGGUGCGCGACGACAGGGGCGAGAUGGUGCCCGGGCCGCGGCUGAGGUUUCCUGGGUCCGCUGCCUUGGCUUGGAGUCUGCUUUUCUGGAUACCGUUGAAUUACGGGGCGGCUGUGUUGUGGACGGGGUAUGUUGAUCCGUGGUGUGCGCGCGUGACUGAGCGGCUGGUUGGUAGGGUUGUGCUGGAGCUGGAUGAGAAGGGUGAGAUGUUACCUAGUUGACGUCUUUUCAAAAGUGGGAAAGCCAGAGGCUACAUAUAUAUGUUUGCGUUGAUGAUAUGCUGCCCCUUUCUUUUGGUGCGGCAUUCUUGGAUAGAAGGAUGG